AUAUAGGCUGCUACUACCCUCUUCAAUUCAUAUUUCAUUAAAAGCCAAAGUACUGUGGUUAAUAUUUCUGAUGUUUGUUUUUAUCUUCAGAGAAGAGGCGCCACCUCCUCCUCCUCCACCCAUUGUCAUAAACAAGUAUGCAGACGAGCAGCUCAGAUUCAUAGCCAAACGCAUGCAAGAAAGACUGAACAUCUACAAGGAGAAAGUGGCCGAUCAGUACGCUUCCUCUCCAGAGAUCACUCCUCCUGUCACACCUGUGCUGCUCAAAGACGAUUACACAAAGCUCUUAGAGGAGAGGAAAAGGCAAGCAGAGGAGGAUCGCCUAAAGAAGGAAGAGGCUGACCAGAAGAAAAAAGAGGAGCAGGAGAAGAAGAAGAAGGAGAAUGAGGAGAAGAAGAAGGACCAGGACAAGCAAAUUCAAUUGCAGGCUGUAAAUGAGAAGCUGAAUUGGAACAUACCGACCAAGCUAAAGGCAGGUUUCUGGUACUCGGUGGAUAUUGUUCUGAAGCCAAUAGAGAACAGGAUGGACGCUGUGCUGGGGAACACCAUUGACCCUUUCACCGACAGGCGCUACAUCGCCUGGCUGAGCUUGGUGACCUUGGCCUUCAACUACAACACCUGGUUCAUUACGGCCCGUCUGUGCUUCCCGUACCACUCUGACUAUUCCAUCCCCUUCUGGUUUGGCGCAGAUACGCUGGCAGACUUCAUCUACCUCAUAGACACAAUCCUCUUCCAGCCCCGCAAACAGUUUGUCAAAGGAGGGGACAUCAUAAAAGACAGAUUGGUGACAAAGAAGAACUACAGAGAGUCAGAGAGAUUCAAGUUAGACAUGCUGUCCCUCUUGCCAUUCGACCUGCUGUACCUAGAGUUUGGAUUCAAAUCCAUUUUCAGAGCCAACCGUCUGAUGAAGGCGGACACAUUUUUUGAGUUCAGCGACCGUCUUGAGAGCUUAAUGUCCAAAGCUUACAUCUGGAGAGUGAUUCGGACCAUUGGAUAUCUUCUCUUCAUGCUCCACCUCAACGCCUGCUUCUACUACGUGGCUUCAGAGUAUCAGGGAAUCGGGAAAACUAAAUGGGUCUACUCCGGUCUGGGCAGCGCGUACCUGCGUUGUUACUACUACGCUGUCCGCAGUCUGAUCAACAUCGGGGGUCUUAACGAGCCCCAUACCGUCUUUGAGAUUACCUUUCAGAUGACUAACUUUUUCACGGGCGUCUUUGUGUUCUCCAGUUUGAUUGGACAGAUGAGGGACGUCAUCGGGGCAGCCACAGCAGGACAGACAUACUUCCGAUCCUCCAUGGACGGCACUGUGGCUUACAUGGUGACCAACCACAUCCCCUCUCAGGUGCAGAACCGAGUCCGCACCUGGUACACCUACACCUGGGACGCUCAGGGCAUGCUGGACGAGUCGGAGCUGCUGGACAGCAUGCCUCUGGUGAUGAGAACCGCCAUCGCUGUUGACAUCAACCUGGCCACCUUUCAGAAGAUUGAUCUUUUCAAGGGCUGCGACCAGCAGAUGUUGGUGGACAUGUUGCUGAGGCUCAAGUCCAUCAUCUAUUUACCCGGUGACUUUGUCGUAAAAAAAGGGGACAUCGGUAAAGAGAUGUACAUCAUCAAAGGUGGAGCUGUGCAGGUGGUGGGGGGGCCGGACAACAGCAUUGUGUUCGUCACACUGAAGGCUGGCUGUGUGUUUGGAGAAAUCAGUCUGUUGCAGUCUUCCAAAGACGGAGGGAACAGACGGACAGCUAACGUCAAAGCCUACGGUUUCGCUAACCUCUUUGUCCUUGAGAAAAAGGACCUGUUCGACAUCCUGGUCCACUACCCAGAGUCUCAGAAAGUGUUGGCCAGGAAGGGAAAGAAACUGAUGAAGGCGAAGGGUCCUGCAAUGGCAAAAGCAGAUGAGGAUAAGAAGAAGGGGCUCGCACUGUUCGCACCCAGACCCCCCACGCCCAAACUGCUGCGAGCCUUCGGUGGAAGCUUGAACAAGAACACGAUUAGAAAACUGCAGGUAACAGCACUUCCACACCUCUCUAUGUAUGCUCAUUAAGAAGCCUUCGCAGUAACGCUGACAUAGGCUUUGUAUUUCUCCCCCCCACCAGGCUGCUUCUGGAAACUAAUAAGGAUGUUUUUCCUAUUUAUAACUCCUUUUUGGGAGUGAAUGUACAGUUUUCUUUCACUCUAUUACAAUCCUUUUGUACUGAUUGUGUAUUUUCUGUCAUUUUAUUACAUUUGGUUUGAUACGCUUAGACAACUUAACAGAACCGAAGACAACAUGUAGGUUUAAACGCCAAAAAUGGAUUUAAACGUGUCUCCAAACUAUUUUGAUGAGAUGUGCAAUAUCUGUGUGUGAAAACCACCGCCCUUAGUGGAGGCUCCUUGUUGUAUAAGAUUAUGUAUUUAUCCACCUUGUUCUGUUUCUCUGCUAUACUAUGUUCAGCUUGCCAAUGCACAGUGGUUGUAAAAGCCUCACAGAGAGAACAAUAGUGUCCACAACACAAGGUUUAAUUGAUUUGAUCUGUCAAUAUCGGCUUGAAUAAAUAAAU